GAAUAGGCAGCUGCGAUUAGCUCGAUAGCUCCCCCGAUUGUUUUGUGAUUCUUCAUCAGCAUAUAGUCGGCGUGUUUGUUGCUACUGAAUUCAAUUCUCUCAAUUUUCAAUUUGUUGAUACGUAAAACACAGAAAUGGCUUCCAUCAGCUUGUUAAACCCAAAAGCCGAAUUUGCCCGUGCUGCACAGGCGCUGGCAAUUAACAUCAGCGCAGCCAAAGGCUUGCAGGAUGUAAUGCGCACCAAUUUGGGGCCAAAGGGAACAGUCAAAAUGUUGGUCUCCGGCGCCGGCGACAUCAAGAUAACCAAGGAUGGCAACGUGCUGCUGCAUGACAUGCAAAUCCAGCAUCCAACUGCAUCGAUGAUUGCACGUGCCAGCACUGCCCAGGAUGAUUCGACUGGCGAUGGCACAACGACCACUGUUAUGUUAAUUGGUGAACUGCUGAAGCAAGCCGACAUCUAUUUGACGGAGGGACUGCAUCCACGCAUCAUGACCGAGGGUUUUGAGAAGGCACGCGACAAGGCGCUGGAGGUGCUGGACAAAGUCAAGGUGCCCGUCGAGAUCAACAAGAAGAAUCUAAUGGAAAUUGCCAACACUAGUUUGAAGACGAAAGUGCAUCCAACUUUGGCCGAUCUGUUGACAGAGGUGUGCGUUGAUGCUGUUUUGACAAUAUCCAAUGAAAAGAUGCUGCCCGUCGAUCUGCACAUGGUCGAGCUGAUGGAGAUGCAGCACAAAACCGAUACCGAUACGCAAUUGGUGCGUGGCCUAGUCAUGGACCAUGGCGCCCGCCAUCCCGAUAUGCCCAAACGUCUGGAGAAGGCCUACAUAUUGACUGCCAACGUUUCGCUGGAGUACGAGAAGGCCGAAGUGAACUCGGGCUUCUUCUACAAGACGGCCACGGAGCGUGAGGCUUUCGUACGGGCCGAGCGCGAAUUCAUUGAUCAGCGUGUGAAGAAGGUCAUCGAGCUGAAGCGUGCUGUCUGCGAUGGCACCGACAAGACCUUCGUGUUGAUCAAUCAGAAGGGCAUCGAUCCCAUCUCGCUGGACGCUUUGGCCAAGGAGGGCAUUCUGGCUCUGCGUCGCGCCAAGCGCCGUAACAUGGAGCGAUUGGCUUUGGCCUGUGGUGGCACUGCCAUGAAUUCCUUUGACGAUCUGCAGGAGGAGCAUCUGGGCUAUGCUGGUUCAGUUUACGAGCAUGUGCUCGGCGAGAACAAGUACACGUUUGUCGAGGACUGCAAGAAUCCGUUGUCUGUGACGAUUUUGAUCAAGGGCCCCAACAAGCACACAAUCACCCAGAUCAAGGAUGCCAUUCGGGAUGGUCUGCGCGCCAUCAACAAUACGAUUGGGGACAAGGCAUUAAUUCCUGGCGCUGGUGCCUUCGAGGUGCGUGCCUACAAUGAGCUAACCCUGUUCAAGGACACCAUUAAGGGCAAGGCUCGCUUGGCCGUGCAGGCAUUUGCCGAUGCCUUGCUGGUCAUACCCAAGACGCUGGCCAUCAACAGCGGCUACGAUGCACAGGACACCAUUGUUAAGUUAACUGUCGAAGAUCGGCUCAGUCCGGAACUUGUUGGACUCGAUUUGGCCACUGGUGAGCCCAUGAAACCCACCGAUCUCGGCGUCUACGACAACUACAUUGUCAAGAAGCAGAUCCUUCAUUCCUGCUCCAUCAUUGCCAGCAAUUUGCUGCUCGUCGACGAGGUGAUGCGUGCGGGCAUGACCAGUCUCAAGGGCUAGUUACCCAGUUCGUGUCAGCUGGUGUAGCGCUUAUGAGUUUCAUCUAAUAUUAACCAGGCUAACUUAAACUACACACACACACAUACACACAAACACACACAAUUAUACACAUCUAUUAUACACAACAACGCAACAACAACCAGAAUCAGAACUCAAAUAUUCACGAGUUGCCUUCAAAUGGGCAAUCGUCAUCGCUGCCUCGAUAGCUGUUCGAGCUGAGAGAGUGUUAAAUGCUUCAAACUAAAAAUAACAACAAACAAUCUUAUGUUCAUCAAGUAUUUCUAUACCAUUUUUUUGAUAUCACUAAUGUUUACUUAAUACGAACCAUUGGUUUAAAAAAUAUAUAAAACAUCAUUUCAACAAAA